AUGGCACAAGAAUCCAACAGUGGCUCAAAUCAAAUGCGGAAAUUCUUCGAUGCGUAUAAAAGGCAAACGGUCUCCGUUUUCGCAGCUAAAGUUGUUCCUCAUUACCAACCAAUUUCCUUUCUUAUUAUUUAUUAUUCAAACAAGAACAUGUCUAGAUUCCUUAAAUUUGCAAUUCCAGCUGCUGCUGCUGCAGGCGGUGCUUACUACUACUCUACACUUACUCGUGCCGUUGCUGCACCUGUUUUCAAAGGUGACAAUGAAUGGGUUAAUUUGACUUUGACUAACAUCAAGCCAGUUUCCCACGAUUCGGCAAUUUACACUUUUGCAUUCCCUGAAAGUAACCAACCUUCAGGUCUUAUUGUUGCUUCUGCUCUUUUGACCAAGUACGUCACUCCAAAGGGUAACAAUGUCAUUAGACCUUACACACCAAUUUCCGAUGUUGAGGAGCUCGGUAAGUUGAAUUUACUGGUUAAAACUUACCCUAAUGGUAAAAUGUCCAAACAUAUUGCAAACCUCUCUGUCAAUGAUACUUUGGCAUUCAAAGGUCCAAUUUUGAAAUGGAAAUGGACUCCAAAUCAAUUCAACCAUGUUGGUUUGAUUGGUGGUGGUUCCGGUAUCACUCCACUGUACCAGAUUGUCCAUGAAUCUUUGAAGAAUGACAAGGACAAUACCAAAAUCACUCUUUUGUACGGUUCUAAAUCCGAGCAAGAUAUCUUACUCAAGCCUGAAUUAGACGAGUUGGCAGCAAAGCAUCCAGAACGCUUCACUGUCAAGUAUUUUGUCGAUGAAUUGAAGGAUCCUAAGACCACCGGCUUGACCAAGGGUUUCAUCACCAAGGAUGUCAUUAAGGAGAGCUUGCCUGGCCCAUCUCCAGAGAGCCACGUUUUCGUUUGUGGUCCUCCACCUCUAUAUAAGGCGAUUUCCGGUAACAAGGUCUCACCAACCGAUCAAGGUGAAGUCACUGGUGUCUUGGCCGAAUUGGGUUACGACAAGAAUACAGUCUUCAAGUUCUAA